AUUUAUGCGUGAACUUUGAACUUAAAUAUUACAAGAGCACUUGAUGGAGAUAGUGCCAUUCCAUGUAGACAAGAAAUCAUUCUUAUUUAUAACUUCAUUCUCAUCUUUCGUUUUAUAAAAUAAAAAAUCAUACAAAUAUUCAGGCAGUUGAUUCCAUUAAGGUGUUUCAAUGCUAAUGACGACUUUCUAAAGUUCUUUAAAAUAUACCUGUGAAUUUGCGCAUCUCAUCAAACAGUGAAUAUCAUUGAAGAGUUAAGUUUCAGCCAGGAAUUAACUUUUAAACAACCGCAAGAUGAUUUUCGUAUAUAUUCUAUUUAUUUUGGUGCCUUUAUCUAUCGCUCAGGAUAUCGUUUUUCCAAGUGAUGCUGUUCGUCAAUCGAAAAAUCAAACAAUGGAGGUCAGAAUGAAGAAAGAGUGUUCAAUAAAUAUGACAAUUGUCGAAGAAAAUGGGGAAAUUGAAUGUGAGUGUGUUUCUGGAUACCUUUACUAUCCACCUCUAGACAGGUGUUUCAAACCAUACUCCAGAGGACCAUGCAAUGCUGGAGAAUAUUUUAUUCUCCAACCAGGAAAAUUCACAGCAGAAUGUUUGCAAAAUCCUUGUAAAGAAGGAUCUGUUUUCUAUCAAAAUUCCUGCCAUGAACUUCUAAAACUCGGACCUCCCUGUGAUGAUGAAAAAAGUUUGGUCAUCGAUGAAAAAACAUUAGAAAUUUCUUGUCAAGAAGUUAGUACGGUUCUUUAUCAAGUCAUCGUCGCUCCUAUUAGACGUUGUUCACCCGGCUCGAAAAUGGCUGCUAGAGGAAUAUGCCGAAGAAUUCUUUAAAAUUAUUUACUAUUUAAUGAAGUUUUUUUUUUAUUGCUUAAUUAUAUUGAUCAUUACUUGCAGGAUGCAGAUAUUUAAGUGGUGAUAAUUGAUCAGUUUUACAUUGAAAUACAAAUUGUACAAAAUUGACGUAAUAAUUAUUUCUUCAGAAAAAUUAUUGAGUGAAUAGUUCAAGGUCACCGUUUUGUGUUUAAUUCAUGAAAGUAUAUUUACAUAUGUUUAAAAAUAUUAAAUCAUAUUAAAUGUAUGUAUAAAUCUCAAUCAAAUUGUUUGAUACAAAAAUAAAUUUUAUUAUUUAACU